GGUGUCAGAAAGCAUUGCAGAAGGAAGGAAGCUUUGGAGGAAUGAUGUGGCGUAUGCGCUGUCGCUCCAGGACAAUCUGUCUGUCCUUGGCCUUCAUCACCAUUUUCCUCCACCUCCUCCUGGCAUUUGUCUCUCUUCCCAUCUACUACCAGCCCUGUGACCCCCCACUGCUACCCAGGACACACAUCCUGAGAGACCUGGCACACACUGACUACACCUCCAUGGGGAUUCGUCAUCCAGCUGAGCCCCCGACAGAUACCAGACAAAAAGAUUAUUCCGAUAAAGGUGCCAGUAAGGAUGCCAAAGGUCAUGUGCAAACACUUUCUGACGUGGGCCUAUCAGUGACGGAACAUACAUACACUUCAAUGGACACGCCAGUCAAUGUGGGUCGCUACGGCAUCAAUCAAGUUGAACCUGUGGAGUCUGGGCUAUCAAAACUGGAGGCGCUGUUUGACCAUCCCCUUUACAAUAUGCCCAGCCCUCCUACCCCUGAGGAUGACUGGCUGUUGAAAGUGAAACCAAAUAUCAAGGCUAGUGAGAAGAGCUCCCAGAUGUGGGUGAGUGCUAGCCAGGAAGGUUACGAGGAUGCUCAGUGGAACAGCAGCAGUACCAGCCACCCUCCUUGGCUGCGCUUCCACCUGGGCAUCUCCCGCUGGCAGCUGUAUCCCCAUCGUGACCCCAACAUGGAGCAGCUGACCCAGCAGCUCACCACGCACCCCAUCGUCAGCGCAGUGCAGAAGUCUGGGGGGACGCAACUGAAGCUGGUGAUGUCAUUUCCUAACUAUGGACAAGCCAUGUUUAAACCCAUGAAGCAGGAGAGAGAUGAAGAAACCAAUUACAACCUGUAUUACUUCUCAGACUUUGAGAGACACAAUGCAGAAAUCGCUGCUUUUCACCUGGACAGGAUUUUGGGUUACAGGCGAGUCCCACCAGUGGUUGGGAGGCUGGUUAAUGUUGUCAAGGAGAUCAAAGAUGUCACUACCGACCGCAAGCUGGCCCGAACCUUUUUUACGUCCCCUGUGGGUAAUCUGUGUUUCUACGGCCAGUGCAGCUACUACUGUUCAACAGAGCACGCUGUGUGUGGCCGCCCCAGAGACCUGGAGGCCUCCCUGGCUGUCAUGCUGCCAGAUCUCUCCCUGGCUGUCCGCAGGAGUUUGAGAUCCCCCUGGAGACGCUCUUACAGCCGCAGCAAGCUGGCAAAGUGGGAGACGGAGCCAGACUACUGUUCAACUGUGACAAAGACUGCGCCGUACAAUAAAGGCACAAGACUUGUGGACUUCAUAGACAUGGUCAUUCUGGACUUCUUGAUGAGUAACAUGGACAGACACCAUUAUGAAACUUUUGAGAAGUUUGGCAACAAUACCUUCCUACUACACCUUGACAACGGCAGAGCAUUUGGACGUCACUCCAAAGAUGAGCCUUCGAUCCUAGUUCCUCUAGAACAGUGUUGCAGAAUCCGGCGCUCCACUUGGCUCCGCCUGCGUCUACUGUCUUUGCCACCGUAUCGUCUCAGUGAUGUCAUGAGGGAGUCGCUCUCCCAUGAUCCCCUUCACAGCGUAGCUCCAUUGCUGUCAGAGCCCCACCUCACUGCUCUCGAUCGCCGCCUGAAAACUGUGCUGGAGACUGUAAGUCGUUGCCAAAAGAGACAUGGUGGUGAUGAUGAAGUCUUCUAUGAUGACAUGGCCAACUUGAAGGACAUGGUCACACCUGCUGGGUAGGGCUGUACCUCCUGUAUGUUAUUUCAUCAAUAUGUAUGAUUACAGGUCACACUGAUGAGAACAAUGAUGAGAAGCAACAAUGGAAAGGACUGUCGGUCAAAUAUUUAAGGCAAUUUUAAGACUUUUACAACACUUGCACCAUUUCCUAGGAAGUAUUGUGAUUAUUAUAGUAUUGAAGUAUUGAAAAUUCAGUAUUGGAAAAACAAAAAAGGAAAACUUUCAUUAACUUGAAAAGUUGGUGCUUUCAAAUGUGAUGACAACAAAACUGGUCUGUUACAGGUUAAAUGUUUGUGCGAUUUUUGACUAUGUUUAAGAUCCAGGUUAGUUUAGCUGCUGACGAAGAAUUUUACUUUAGCUUUGAUAGUCGUUUUCAAUCAAUUCAUACUUUAUUCUUUUGAUCUUGGA